AUGAUGAUCAAGCCAUAUGCGAGACAGGGUGAGGGAGAGGAAGGGGUCAGUCCUCUGCAGUGGAUGGAUGGGGACAUGAGCUCACCUGAUGGAGAAGCCUCAGGCUCGUCCCACCACUUCAGAGCAAGUGGAGCCAACCAGCAGACCCAAGAGAUGGGCAGCGAGGAUGUAGAGGAAGACGAGGAGGAAGAUGAGGAGGGCCAUGAGGAUGAAAAUGGCUCCAAACGACGAGGGCCCAAGAAAAAGCGUAUGACAAAGGCCCGGCAGGAGCGGUUCCGUGCCAGGCGGGUGAAAGCCAACGCCAGGGAGCGUUCACGUAUGCACGGUCUGAACGAUGCUCUGGAGAACCUGCGCAGCAUCAUGCCCUGCUACUCCAAAACUCAGAAACUGUCUAAGAUUGAGACUCUUCGGCUUGCUCGUAACUACAUCUGUGCUCUGUCCGAGGCUUUGGAGGGGGGUUUGUCCACAGAGAGCAGGGCAUUCAUGGAAACGCUGUGUAAGGGGCUCUCGCAGCCCACCACCAACCUGGUAGCUGGCUGUCUGCAGCUGGGAUCAGCACCUGGAGCUGGGAUGAGACCUGAGGACAGACACAGGGUCAGGGUGGCACCCACUCCUCUGGGAGGCAUGGUGAGCUACUCCUCCCCAGGCCUGCCGAGUCCCCCAUACGGCACCUUUGACUCUGCUCACCUGCUCCACCUGAGGGCAAUGAAGGGAGGAGUGUAUGAGAACCACUCACCAAAUGACUACAAUGCCGGUGGUGUGGGUACCCCUCCAUAUGACGGGCCCCCGACACCACCUCUAAGCAUCAGCAGCAACCUGGUGCCCAAACAAGAGCCGUCGCCCCACUACCCACCCACACAGCACUACUCCCCCUCCCCUGCUGAGCAGGGUCUGUAUCAGACUCAGCCUGGGUAUGACAUCCACUUAGAGGGGGUGUAUGACUCCUACCAUGCAGGACACAUGCCCCCCCGACAGAUCACCUCUGUCUACAGAGACUGA